AUGAAUGUGAAGAAGGUAAAUGCGAGAAGACUUCUCAGUUUUCUGGCGUGGGACUUUCACCAUACAGUCCGAAUUACUGUACAACAUUUAUUCGCGACGGUGCUUUCCUGUACACAGGAUCAGGUUAGAUUUUUUCACUCUCUAGAGCUGAAAUUUUUGAUGCAAUUUUGAAA